AUGGCAGGGACGACCAUUCCAUUUUGUAUUUUUGAAGAUGGCGAUCUUUGCGUGGAGUCCUCAGCGCACCCUGAACAAGGAGCCCCAUCGCUUUUGAUUUCUCUGGAGCCCCUUCUUUCUUCUGUGGUGCGUGCAAAAAGCUCUUGGUCGGCUGGGGCAAACGCCACGGAGAACACUUUGGUGUGUCACCUGUCUGCAUGGAACAAAAGGGAAAAAUUGUGCCUUAUAGCCUCCCUCCGCUCAUGCAUUGAGGAUGCCUCACCUUCCAAUAUGAACGUCCCCAGUACAUCUGAUCCACUUGGCGUUACUGAGGUUGGUGGUGGUUGUGAGGUUAAAUGCGUUUCUCCCGGCCAGCAGACGAGAGAAGAUUCCUUUCCUCUUAAUAAUGCCUUUGUGGAGACCGUUGUUCGUGGGUCCUUCUGGAGGACUUUUGGCCGUAGGGGAGGCAGGGACACCAACCAAAAGGGUGUUAUGUCGGAUGGGGAAGUGCUAGAUAUGGAACGAGUUCAUACCAGGGUACGGGAAUUGCGUCGAUUCUUGCAGCAGCGCCAUGAGAGUGAGUUCAGAACCAAAAAGCCUAUCGCAAAAUCAAGUGGAUUGAGAGGUGUUCAGGGGCAAAGAAAGGAAACCGACGAGGAAGAAACAGUGGACAUGAAGCGCUUGCUCACAAUUAUGACAGGCUCAACAAGGGGACAUUCGACCCAGAGCGUGGCCUUUGGCGGCAAUGAGCCAUUCCUGGUAGGGCUUGUUUGCCGCGAACUGACUGCGGGGUCGACCCCCCGCGUUCUCUCCGUGCGUCCUUUUGUCACGGCGGGACUAACAACCACCUCCUGUGAAAGUGGCGAGGACUCGGUGAGAGGCAAUUUGGGGAAUGAAGAAAAUGAGGAAGAAAAAACCGAGCUGUCUUUGAGCGUGAUGUUACUCGAACUGGGGAUCGACAAGCUGGACUUUGAGAAGAGUCAGAUGUCCCCCAUUUGGCAAACACUCGUGUCGGUAACUGACUUUGUUUACGCCGUGGGUUGCUCAACUACCAUCAACCAUGUCGCUUCUAUGAUAGAUGACGUGUAUCACGCGGUAAUUACAGCCCCAGGGCCGAUGCACGCCAGAGUUGGAUGUGGCGCUCGGCCAGCGGAAUGUCCCUUCUUCUUUUAUACUGUUUUGGGAGAAGCCCCAUGCAGUAUGAAGCAGAUCCCCGCAAGGUCGCAUUGCGUUGGUGACCUUCAGGCAGUGUUCUCUCACUUGUUACGGAUGAAAGAAAUGCAGGAGUCAACAUGUUCUCGAAAUCCGUUUCACUGGUCCAUGCUUUUAGGGCACAUGUGGUUUCUCACGAAGGGUGCGCAUGGUAAGACUUUAUCUUCUCCUAUAGAGGGAAGGAUGAACGACGCCAUCGUUGCGGCAGUGGAGCUGUUUGUAGCCACUGCGGAAGGUGUCCUUCUAGCCAUGUACGCCAUGGAGCCACUACCACCCUUGUCAGUUUGGGGGGAUGACAUUGGCACAAUGACCGCUGUUCCGCGACACUUCACUCUGGAGGAUGUGCUGCAUGUCGCCAAUCAGUUGGCGUUGUUGGCCUUUGACACGGAUGUAGCUCCUUGCUUGUUUAGUGGCCAACUCACUCCGCGACAUGACGUACUUUUGGAUGAGUACUGCGGUUGUCGCUAUCACAUUACUAAAGAAGAGUUGCAGCGGGCAUGUCAUUUGGCGUCAGAAUCGCUCAAAGAACGCAUUUCGGCCUUCACAACUUAUUCUGCCGUGCAAUUGUUGAAACAGUCAUCUCUUGGGAUAACGUCCGUGUGGGGUCCAACUGGGGGCGAAAAAAGGCCGGAAAAUGUCUCUCUCGCCUGUGUCAUAGAAGACUGCACUCAUUGGAUAGAACAGUUUCUCACGGUCCUGCUUCUGCCCCACUAUGGGGUAGAGGAGGGAGCCGAGAACAAUAACGCAAGCGGUCGUCGAAACGGUCCGCCUUGUCGCAUGAUGGAGAGUCCCAUUAUUUCAACCUGGGUCCCCACGGCCAAAGCCGUUGUGUUUUCGGAGCACGUAAAGAAUUCCCUUCUUCCUGCCUUGCAGGCGAUUGCGCGAGAGCGGGAGUCGCUCUUUCGUGCGAAGGAAAUUGGCGAGUCAGAGGCGCGAGAGGCACUGCGUCUCAUGGAGGAUAACUGCAUCCAGCUUCAGCGGCGGUGUAAGCGGGCGGAAGCUCAACUGGCGCAUCAACGGUGUGCGGCGCAAGAAGCCAAGCGGCGUAGCGAUAUCCUUCGUACACAACUCCAUGAAUCAUGUAAGUGUUUGCAGACGCUGGUGAAGACAUGUGUUGGGUAUGAAGAGACACACAGAAGCUUCACACGUGAGUUAAGGUUCCGGCUAAAGCACGGAUUUGCGACGGGUGAAAUUACGCCUAUGCCGGAUUCACCACCGCAGUACCCGUGGACACAUGAUCGCGAGAUGGAAAUGGAUGCCCUUGUGACGACGCCAUCGAAGAAUGUUGUCUGUGAAAAUUCUGCUGAAACUGAAAGGGAAAUGACGAGGCCGUUGAGUGAUACUAAGAAGGAAGUUUCAGCAGAGGAAACACGGGGCCCAUCACCGGUGCCAUGUGAGCAGGUGGCACUUUUAAAACGAAUGCUUUGCGAAGCACACCAGCAGCUGGAGGUCAGUUACAAUACGCUGCUCUGUCUCUACGAGGAUGCCCGCGGGGCUCUUCGCAACCUGAGCACUGCGAGUGCCGAGUGUAGCAGCGUUAGUCUCAACGAUUCGCGUCAGUCGUUCCUUUCCGUUUCGCAGCAAGCCACGCGUACCAUGACGUCUGUCCGACGUAUUGGUCGGUCUCUAAAUACGUCUGUGGGCGACGCAGCGAGUGGGGAGAUCUCUGCAGUGAGUUUGGAGUCUACUCCAAAGAAGUCUGCCGCAGGGCGUGAGAUUUCGUGCCAUGGUGUUUGUCGGAGUGAUGAAAGCCAAACGCUUCUGACCAAAGAUUUCUCGAAAUCACCUUCGCGGGAGCUCACUCAAAUUGCAUGUGCAUCGCAGUGCACCGAUGCUAUGCCUUCCACGGACCACAUGCAGUUGCAUAAGCGACAGCAACAUGGCGCUGAGGGAAAAAGUCGGCAGCAACGAAGGCCCUUUUCCACAUGGACGGCAGCAGUGCCGCCUCCCCCUUUGCCGGAUCUCGGCGUUAACUCCGCCGUCGAUGCCAUCGCCGAUCUUCAACGCCAACGGCAGGAGGCUGUGGAAGCCCUCACCCAACUGUCAGGGCGGUAUGAGGCAGUGAAGAGAGAAUUAGAUGAAAGGAAUGCCGCAAUUGCCGAUGCAAACUGCAAACAGAAGAUGGAAGAGGAACGGUGGCGUGCGGAACGAGAGGCACUCCUGCAGCGGCUCUGCGCAGCCACAAAUGAGAAGCAUCUAGCAGAGAAUGAAUACCGGAGAUGUCAAAAGGAGGUGGAACGUUGGGCGCAGUCGUGGUUGGAAAUGAUGGCCAACUCCGCGGAAGAAGCAGAGAAUAUUUUUACUGGUGACGAAGGUAUAUACACUUUUGCCGUGAAUGGUGGCGAGAAUGGCGAGAAUGGUGGAAAAGAGGAGGACGGGAAGCGUGUGAAUGGCAAACACGAGACGACAUCCAUCUGCUUGAAGACUCCAGAGGAAGCUCUCCGCUCUGGAAAGAUGCGGCUCCGAAGCCUCAUGAUGCAGGUGCAAGUAGCUGCGCGCGAGCGUGUGAAGAACGUGGCGGAACGACAUAUUGUGGCGUUGCAAAGGGAAAUUGAAGAUGCGAGAGAACAAGUUUACAAGGAGGAGCUGCAGAAACGGGCCGAUGCCACCGCCACUCUUCUUAAAUCGGAAGAACGGGCGCAGAUGGUAGAGGAAGUGAAUCGUCUGCAGGAAGCCCUUGCAGUCAUGCUGGAAAGAGAAGGGGCCUUACGGCUCGAUCGUAAUGAGCUCGCAUUGCAGAAAGAAGACCUGUGGUGUCGUCUUCAUCGUAUGGAGAGUGCAUACAUGGCAUUAUUUAAUGUGUGGGAAGACACAAUGCUGAAGCGAUGCGCAUUUAUUCUGUGGCAGUGGAGUUCACUUGUCAUGGGCCUCUGUGAAGAAAACGCUGUCCUGAGUGCAAGGCUAAAACAGUCGCAGGCGGAAGUGCGAUACCUCGAGGAAACUCUCCAGGGGCAAGCAGAUGGUACUCAACAGGCAGCAGAGGAGAUAAAACAAACGGCAAUGCAGAUGGAGAGGAAUCUUGUCGCCCAAUCAACUGCGGAGAAACGCGUUUCAGAGCUCCUUCGACGCCUAGACCAGCUGGUCACACUCUACGGGUUAUCACUUGACACAUGGGAACAGGCCAUGGCGCAACGGUGCGAGCUCAUUGUUGAGCACUGGAACGAUAAAUCACCUCAUCAUCUUUAUCGCCAGCCAAAAACAGAACGCGAGUUGACGUCACGUGAGGAGCGUUCGCCUCAGAGAAUAGAGACGCAUGAACCCUGUGGACUUCUUCAUGAAUUGCAACAAAAGAAGCGACGCAUUGCGGAGCUGGAGGAGGCAUUGCGUCAAAAUAAAGUCCGGUGUGCAACGCUGGAGGAGGCAUUGCGUCAAAAUAAAGUCCGGUGUGCAACGCUGGAGGAGGCGGUGGCUCAACUAAACGCACUGCUAAAGGCCCAGCGAGAACUGGGGAUGGCGGGGGCGCCAUCACCACCACUCAUUUCGCAAGAAUUCGGGGUGUUGAAUACGUUGCCCGCACGAACCGCCAAUGUGGCUCCUUCGGUGGUGAAUUCCUUCUAUGCAUCCCCCAAUCGUGCGUGUGAAACCAACAUGCGAGAAUACUCCCUGUUGGGAGGCGUCGCUGCAGGUUCCUCGCCAAUUGCAGGAAGCAAGCGUCCUGCGGUGUUCAGUGAGGCUUAUCAUGGGGUGGGCUCGGCGAGGGGUUUGGAUGGGGAAGAGGAUGCCUUGGAGCCGCGAUCACUGAGUUGGUACCUGCAGUCAUUCUCAGCCAUUGAAAGUACCUUGUCACACUGA